AUGGCAGGAAACGAACAAGCUGAACCUCAACAGGGCUCCAUGUCGCCGUUAACCUUGAACAGUAAGACCAAGAAGGUGAUGGAAUCUAUUGCGCCAAUUUUGGAAGGAUUCACCCCCAAAACAUCCUCAAGUGAAAAUACUUCGUUGAAAUUGCCCCCUCCGGGCGUUCCACAAGAUUCGCAGGUGGACGACAACAAUUCUGAGGAUAAUGCGUUGGAUCGUACCCUGAGCAUUACUUCUCAGCAUUCAAAUGCUUCCUCGCGGCCCGCUUUAUCUCCCAGCAACUCGUACGAGAACAGUAUGGGGUCCAAGAUACAAAGGCUGAAAAGUAAUCCUGCUUCCACACAAGUAUCAUCGUCUCCGGCAGGGUCUUAUUCAGGCUCCCCAUUUUUAUCCGAGCAAAAUUUGGAUGACGUAGUAGCAGAUGUUGUCAACGAAACUCCGUCCAGCUCAACAGCAAGUUCGGCAGGUUCUUCACGCAAGCCUUCUACUAGUAACAAUAAGCCACAACUACCAAAGAUAGGAAAAAUUGGUGUUUGUGCAAUGGAUGCAAAGGUGCUUUCUAAGCCCUGCAGACAUAUUUUGAAUCGAUUAAUUGAGCAUGGCGAAUUUGAAACCAUUAUUUUUGGUGAUAAGGUUAUCCUCGAUGAAAACAUCGAAAAUUGGCCAACUUGUGACUUUUUAAUAAGCUUCUUUUCCUCUGGUUUUCCACUGAACAAAGCUAUCGACUACGUUAAUUUACGCAAACCUUUUAUCAUAAACGAUCUUGUUAUGCAAAAAGUUUUGUGGGACAGAAGAAUUUGCUUACAGCUCCUUGAUGGUGCCAAAAUUCCUACCCCCCCCAGACUGGAGAUCUCUAGAGAUGGAGGUCCCCGUGUCGAUGUGCAGUUGAGGGCGAAAUUAUUAGAACGCAACGUCGUAAUCAAGCCAAUUAAAGAGCCCAAAUGGCGCAUGAUCGACGAUGACACUCUCGAGGUUCAAGGAAAGGUAAUGACUAAGCCAUAUGUUGAGAAACCAGUUGAUGGUGAAGAUCAUAACAUUUACAUCUAUUACCAUUCGAAGAAUGGUGGUGGUGGACGUCGUCUCUUCAGAAAGGUCGGUAAUAAGUCAUCUGAAUUUGAUCCAACUUUGAAUUACCCAAGAACAGAGGGAUCCUACAUAUACGAAGAAUUCAUGGACACAGAUAAUUUUGAAGAUGUCAAAGCAUACACUGUUGGCGAAAAGUUCUGUCAUGCUGAGACAAGAAAAUCUCCUGUAGUAGAUGGGAUCGUUCGCAGAAAUACACAUGGUAAGGAAAUAAGAUAUGUUACCGAAUUAUCGGUAGAGGAGAAGGAAAUAGCUAAAAGAGUAUCGAAUGCUUUUUCUCAAAUGAUUUGUGGUUUUGAUCUUUUACGUGUCAAUGGAAAGAGCUACGUCAUAGAUGUAAAUGGAUUUUCCUUCGUUAAGGAUAAUUCCUCUUAUUACGACUCUUGCGCAAGAAUUUUGAGAGAAACUUUCAUUGCUGCGAAGAGGAAAAUGGACUUAGAGAAGCGGAAUUUGCCCGUAAUCAAAGAGGAGAAAACCCAAAAAUGGGUUUUCAAAGGACUAGUUACGGUUAUUCGUCACGCAGAUCGCACGCCAAAGCAGAAGUUUAAGCAUUCGUUCCGCUCACCGAUCUUCAUAUCUCUAUUAAAGGGUCAUAAGGAAGAAGUGGUGAUCAGAAACGUUUCCGAUUUGAAAGUGGUUCUUCAAGCUCUCAAAAUCGCGCAAGAAGAGAAUACGGAAGAUCCCGUGAAGUUAGACGUAUUAGCAAAUGCCUUAGAGAAGAAGCUGAACUUUCCAGGGACUAAAAUUCAGUUAAAACCCGUUUUGAACUCUGAAAAGGACGUUGAAAAAGUCCAAUUUAUUCUCAAAUGGGGUGGUGAGCCAACACAUUCGGCACGCUAUCAAGCAAUGGAAUUGGGAGAACAGAUGAGACAAGAUUUUGAUUUGUUGAAUAAAAAUAUACUUCAAAACAUUAAAAUCUUUUCUUCUUCAGAAAGACGAGUAUUAGCAUCUGCUCAAAUCUGGGCUAUGGCACUUUUUGGGGCUGAUGAACUUGGAAGUGAUGAAAUAAGUAUUCGAAAAGACUUACUGGAUGAUAGCAAUGCUGCAAAAGAUUUGAUGGACAAGGUCAAAAAGAAGCUGAAACCCUUGUUGAGAGAAGGUAAAGAAGCUCCACCACAAUUUGCAUGGCCCGCAAAAAUGCCAGAACCUUAUCUUGUUAUCAAGCGUGUUGUUGAACUUAUGAACUAUCACAAGCAGAUUAUGGAUUACAACUUUAAAAGUAAAAAUGUUGACGAUAUGCAAAGGAGAUGGUGUUGUGGUGAAGAUCCUAUGCUUUUUAAAGAACGUUGGGACAAGCUUUUCAAAGAGUUCGUCAGUGUUGAGAAAGUUGAUCCUUCUAAAAUCUCAGAACUUUAUGAUACCAUGAAAUAUGACGCUCUCCACAAUAGGCAGUUUUUGGAGAAUAUCUUUGCCCCGGACUUCACUACAGAGCUGGAGAAUGUUGACGUUUGCAAGAACUCAUUAGUCGAUCGCUAUCCUAUUAACAUUCUUGCAAUGAACAACUUUAAAAUUCCAGAUUCUAGUGCUAGCACCAGCAACAAUGGUUCUUCGAAAGGUAGCAGUGUUGGAUCUCUUGGGUGGGUCUUAGAAAGUAGUGCGAAAACCCCACGAUCUUCUACUUCAUCGCAAUUUGAUGACCCUAAAUUUAUGCGAUUGAGAGAAUUGUUCCGCUUAUCUAAGGUUCUGUUCGACUUUAUUUGCCCACAGGAAUAUGGUAUUGAAGAUGGCGAGAAGCUUGACAUUGGUUUGUUGACAUCACUACCGCUAGCGAAGCAAAUCUUGAAUGAUAUCGACGACAUGAAGUCUAAGGAUACUCCGGCAUGUACAGCAUAUUUCACAAAAGAAUCUCAUAUUUAUACACUCCUGAACAUAAUUUAUGAGAGCGGUCUCCCAAUGAGGAUCGCUAGAAAUGCUCUUCCAGAAUUAGACUAUCUCUCUCAAAUUAACUUCGAAUUGUAUGAGAGCACCGAUGCUUCAGGCCAAAAGUCUCACUCGAUAAGACUGAAAAUGUCACCAGGUUGUCACACACAAGAUCCGCUAGAUGUCCAAUUGGAUGAGAAACAUUACAUCAGUUGCAUACCAAAAAUUUCACUCACAAGGCAUUUAGACAUGGACUAUGUUUCCCAGAAAUUGAGGAACAAAUUUAGUAGGGUUAUUCUCCCACAAAAAUUUACGCCGGUCAAUAUCACCAGCCCAAAUUUGUCAUUCAGAAAGCCGUCACUUCCAGAACCAAAAACUGAGAAGGAAUAG